GCAGCUUUGCGGUGGGAAGCGGCUCCUGGGCAGGGGGCAGUAGGAGAGAAGCAGCAGAUGUCAAGGCGGGGCUGGGGGAGAAGAGAUGCACCCAAGGCACGAGGAUCUGCAGCCAUGCAAGGCUCCAGUAUUUCGCCUCACUGGUUUUCUCUCCUGAACAAAGUGGAAGGGCAAAAUCGCCCUCCCUCCCCAUCUCGUCGGCAUGAAGAGGUGCACAUCGGAUGAGUUGCAGCAGCCGGAGGACGACUGUGCUGGGGCUGAAGAUGCCCCCAACCUGGCUGCCAUGGAUGCGAAACCUGGGGAUUGCGCUUCUGCUCUGUCGGAUUUGGGCACUGCUGCUUAUCCAAACCCUGCUCCCCAUUCUGUUCCCCGGAGCAAGCCUCCUGAUUUAAAGAAAAUACAGCAGCUCUCAGAAGGCUCCAUGUUUGGCCAUGGCCUGAAGCACCUUUUCCACAGUCGCCGCAGGUCGCGGGAACGGGAGCACCAGAACUCCCAGGACUCUCUGUCGCAGCACUACGGGAUGUCUGACCAUGACUCCCCUGAUGAGAAGGAACGCUCACCAGAGAUGCACCGUGUCUCCUAUGCCAUGUCCCUCCACGACCUCCCCGUACGCCCCACUGCCUUCAACAGGGUGCUGCAGCAGAUCCGCUCCCGCCCAUCCAUCAAGAGAGGGAGCAGCUUGCACAGCGGCAGCCGCCGGAGCAAAAGCAGCUCCCUUGAUCCCCAGAAAGGCAGCCCCCAUCUGGUCCGGAAGGCGCCCCAGGAUAGUAGCCUCACAGCCAUAUUGCAUCAGCACCAAGGCCGGCCAAGGUCUUCAUCCGCCACAGACACCGCCAUCUUGCUGGCUGAGAGUGGGGCUGUGUAUCUCCUCCCAGAGGAGUCGGAGUGCCUCACCGACAAGCUGGACAAAGGGGACGCGAGCACGCUUAGCCUGCCUUCCAACGCCAGCCAUGGCGACGCCGACAUCAGCAACAUCUGCUUGGAUGUCCCAGAUGGCACCCCAGACCCGCACAGGACAAAAGCUGCCAUCGACCACCUGCACCAGAAAAUCCUCAAGAUCACCGAGCAGAUCAAGAUUGAGCAGGAGGCUCGGGACGACAACGUAGCCGAAUACCUGAAGCUGGCCAACAAUGCUGACAAGCAGCAGGCCUCCCGCAUCAAGCAAGUCUUUGAGAAGAAGAACCAGAAGUCGGCCCAGACCAUCGCCCAGCUCCAUAAGAAGCUCGAGCACUACCACAAGAAGCUAAAGGAGAUUGAACAGAACGGGCUCUCCCGACAGCCCAAGGAUGUCUUCCGGGACAUGCACCAGGGCCUCAAGGACGUGGGGGCCAACGUCCGGUCCAGCAUCAGCGGCUUUGGAGGCGGGGUAGUGGAAGGCGUCAAGGGAAGCCUGUCGGGUUUGUCCCAGGCCACCCACACGGCUGUGGUCUCCAAGCCCCGGGAGUUUGCCAGCCUGAUCCGGAACAAGUUUGGCAGUGCCGACAACAUCGCCCACCUGAAGGACACUCUGGAUGAUGGGCACCCCGAGGAGGCCUCGAGGACUCUGAGCGGCAGCGCCACCCUGGUGUCCAGCCCCAAGUACGGCAGCGACGACGAGUGCUCCAGUGCCACCUCAGGAUCGGCGGCGGGCAGCAACUCGGGGGCAGGGCCCGGUGGCCUAGGGAGCCCCAAGUCCAAUACCCUGGACAGUCACCACAAUAACUUUGACACCAUCCUGGAGGAGCUCCGGGAGAUUAAGGACAGUCAGUCGCACCUGGAGGACUCAAUGGAGGAUCUCAAGGCACAGCUGCAGAGGGACUAUACCUACAUGACGCAGUGCUUGCAAGAGGAGCGGUACAGAUACGAACGCCUGGAAGAGCAGCUGAAUGACCUGACGGAGCUCCACCAGAAUGAAAUGACCAACCUGAAGCAAGAGCUAGCCAGCAUGGAGGAGAAGGUGGCCUAUCAGUCCUAUGAGAGGGCUAGAGACAUCCAGGAAGCGGUGGAGUCGUGCCUCACCCGUGUCACCAAGCUGGAGCUCCAGCAGCAGCAGCAGCAGGUGGUGCAGCUGGAAGGGGUGGAGAACGCCAAUGCCCGGGCCCUGCUGGGCAAAUUCAUCAACGUCAUUCUGGCCCUCAUGGCGGUGCUGCUUGUCUUCGUCUCCACCAUCGCCAACUUCAUCACGCCCCUCAUGAAGACCCGCAUGCGCAUCCUCAGCACCGCCCUGCUGUUCCUCUUCCUCCUCUUCCUCUGGAAGCACUGGGACUCCAUCACUUAUUUCCUGGAGCAUGUGUUGCUCCCCAGCUGAUUCCCUGGGACAGCAUUCCAUUUUCCUACCGAGAAAACAGGAAAGGGAUGGGGGAGAAACUGGAGCCUUCCAUAAAAUGUCUUAAUUCAUUCAGCAGAGUCUGGUUUCCCACCCCCUGCACCCAUUUGUAUUCACAUCCAGCAUCCUCAUUGUGAUCAGGAGCGUGGCCUGUUGAGCCAGGAUUGUUCACUCCUCCAUGAAGCCCUGGAAGGUGAGGAUGGGGAGAGCAAUGAAGAGUUUGGAAGAAGCCUGUAACUGACAUGUUCUUGGUUUGUUUGUUUGUUUUUUAAAUGACAUGAUCAUAAUAGUCUCUGGGUAGGAGACUUUCUUUACAUGCCAGUCGCCACCAGGACUGCAAUUUAAAAGCUUCGUAUCCAGAGCAGAGUUUGCCUUCGAACCCAGCCACCGGGAAACUUUCUCUAGAGUGAGGAGAGGUUUUUUCUUAAAGACAAGGCUGGUGAAAAGCUCAUACCUGGGAUGCAAUAAAGAAAUCAAUAGCAAAAGGAAGAAGUGGAGCUCAAGUGAAUAUUCUAAUGUUUCUGCUCCCAGGAGAGCUUGCAUAUUUGAUGAAGCAGAAUGUACACAUCACACAAGCUUCUCCAGACCGGACGCACAUGCAUUCUCGUUACCAAACAGCUAACAAGCCGGACACAGAAUAGGGGUUGCUGUUUAUUAUUAGAAUGGCUUCCUUUGCACAACUGAUCAUUGGCAUGUGGCCAGCGGAUACCAGUUCUGGUUCCAAUCAGAAAACUCGUACACUUCUGGCACAGGUGAAACACAUUGUGUUGGCUUUCGUUUUUUUCUCCUUUGGCUUUCGUGUGAUCUCUUCAGGAGCACGUGGACCUUCCAACAUUGCACCUACGAAAUUUACAAUCUACCCAAAGUGUUGUGCGCAUGUUUUAAUUUAUUUCGAGAUUCUUUUUCCAUUUGUGAAUCGAGCGUGGGGGUAAAACGCAGCUGCUAUCACAGCCUCCGUGUCUCUAAAGAAGACAGAGCAUGUUGUCUCAAAAGUUUCUUGAAUGGUUUCAUAUUUAUGUGCAUGUGUGUAUGUAUACACACACACACACAAUCACAUCCUCUCCUGUUGCAAUUGGGUGUAGCUCCAGUGACUUCAGUGGAGCUGCACCCAGUUUACAGUCACAGAGAAUUUGUCCAUUCGUCUCUUUGAGGCUCAUUCCGGCUUUCCUGACACAGCCAGAACUUCCACGGAUGCUCUGCUCGUGGUGUACUAAAGAAGUCAGUGGAUCUGGUGGGUGUGGCAUGGAAUGCAGGAUUGAGUGCUUGGAAGGAGGGAUUGUCAUAAGUAGAUGAAAAGCCAGUCACCUCUGUCAGUUAAAGGAAAACUGCCUGCAUUGUCUCUUCCCUGAUUUCUUGGGCCUUGACACUGAGAAGGUUGUAUAGGCUUGUCCAUGCUAUCUUUUGGUUUCUCAGCGGAACACUAGGGACAUGCUGUGACUUUGGAGUUUAACGAUCUAGCAAGAAAAUUCAUUCCUGGUCUAACUUAAUUGACCAGUGAAUCCUAGCUAGGAUUGCUCCAACAGGCAGAAGUGCAAGGAUCCCAUUUGUAUGAUGCAAAGAUCAGUUAUUCAAGGGUUGUUGCAAAUGAUAUGCAAGAAGCACGGCUCAUAAAGGACAUGCUGGCAUUUCCCAUUCCAGAUCUUCGUCUGUGUAUGAUCCUUGCACCUUUGCCAGAAUGGAUGCAUGAUAAGGAAUAAAUGACUAGAGGUUGGAUGGACUGGGAGGAGGAAGCAUUAGGCCUGAUUCCCUCCACAUUGUGCAGACACAUCUGUGCAAAGUAGGUGUGAAACAUUCCUGUUCUGAUGUAGUGUGGUCUUGGUGCGAAAGGUGGCACAGGGUGCAGCGUGGUGGAGAAUCAGACCCCAGGAGUUCUUUAACUGAUAGCUUGCUUCCCUCCUCAUGGCAGUCCUUCCUGCAAGACAUUUAUAAAUGCCCGUUCAAAAACUCCAACAUCCUUUUGCCUUUUUCCAUGCCAGUUAUGAAGGAUGAACACAUGUGGAUUGUCCACUUAUCAAAUGUGGUCACCUAAGCUUGGCUCCUGCAUUUCUGCCACUCGUACCAGCAUCUAGAACUGGGUCCAAGAACCUCAAGUGUCCAUUUGAGUUGGGCACUCGUGGUUAAGAUAGGGACCGAGAACAUUUGGGCAGUGGGAGGGGGCACGCCUGCAAUAACACCCCACCAUGUUUGGCCCUGGUGUUGGGUGGUGGAGACUGCUCUUCAGAAUGAUCAGCCGUAUACUGCAGAGACCUCCAUUGGAAAAGCUCAGAUGAAAUGUACGAGCAACACUCUGAGCCUUCUUAGAGACUGGGGGGGAUGUGAGCCCCAACCUCUCUUUUAUACAUCUAUUUAUUUUGUAUUUUUGUAAGGAUUUAGCUGGAGUUAACAUUCCUGAUUUUAUCAGUUAUCCAAGCAAACUCGGAUUCUGUUGAAAACGGUGAGCUAAUUUAUCUGUCGACAUUAGGUUUGAUAUUCUCAGACCCAAGGGGCAGAAAUCUUAAUACACUGAUAAUUCCAAAUGGCUACAACUUAUGGCCCAGGAUCAGAAAAGUGUCCUGCUUCAGGACAGCAUGUAGGCAGAGGCUUAACUUUAAACACUUGCUAAAGUCUCUUUGAAGUAUGUAGGAUUUAAACACACUCUUAACUGCUGUCCUGCAGAAGGACAUUCAUAAGCACGUUUUAAAUGCUUUCAUGCACUGGGGCCUAAAAAUCAAGGUUCUGGUUCCCCUUUCACUGGGGUUUCCACAGACUUCAGCAGAGCAUCUGCCUGGAUUAGGCAACAAGCUAAAGUUUUUCAUGGGAAAGAGACAGUUGAAAAAGACAAUCUAGUGAACGGGCUGCUUGCCUUUCCACAGAACUGACAGCUCAUGAACUUCUGUACUGAGGGGGGAGUCUGAUUUAUCGGGCAAAGGGUUAAGCUCCUUUCUGGGGGCCUGAUUGUUUUUUCACACUAAUGUAAAUAAGAAGUUACAAUGGUAUUUUUGUUUGUAUUUCAGUAACACCUAGAGGCCCCAAAUCAAGUUCCGGGUGCCAUUGUGCUGAGCAGACAUGUAAGAGAGUCCCUGCCCCGGAGAGCUUACAGUUUAAAUAGGAGACACACACGAAUGGGAGGAGAGGCGAAGGGAAGUGGCUUGCUUAAAGUCACCCAGUAAGUUAGUUGCAGAAUUGGUAAUAGAAACCAGGUUUCCUGCAUCCUAGGUCAAUGUCCUACCCCCUGGACCUUGCCACCCUCAAGCAGCUCUUUACAUGUGCAAAAACAGUUUGAGAUCAUGGUUUGCAACAGUGAUAAGGAGGGACCAUCCCUUCUGCAGAGAUGACCACUAACUCCUGGGUCAGCUCUCAGUUAGGCUGCAGCACCACUUACUGCUGCCAAGGUCACGUGUGCUUCACCAGGAGCAAGGAGAGAAAGAAGGGCUCUUUAACCCCCCCCAUUGUUUCCUUCCCUUCUCAAUAAGCCAUUCCCUCUAUUUUCCUGGUGCCACAGGACCCACAUGUUGACUUGAUCCCCUCCUCCUGCAGCUAGAACACUGACAGAGCAUGAGGCAUUUCCAUGCAAUCAGCCACUCCCCUUCUGCUCAAUGGAUGAGAAUCUGUGGGAUCUUUCUACCUGUCUAUCGUUCUAAAAGCAUCAUCCAUCCCUAAUCCAAUCAUUGUCAGCAUCACUGUACAGGCUGCAGGGACAGUGUUACCACCUGGACCAGUGGUUCACCGAUCACUGUGGUCUCUGACUGCUUCCACAGAGGUACCCUUUGUCCUCCGCAUUAUGAGCUGCUACAGAGCUAUAAAGUAAGGAACGGGCAAAACAGAACUCCAAGGCAGACUCCCAUGCUACCCUCCAAAUCCACUUCUCCUCAGGAGCAAGGCACACCCGAAUCAAAGUAUAGCUCUGCUGUUCCUGCACACACUGCCUCUGGUCAGUCGUAGCAGAAACAGGAGAAGAGGACCUUGCUUCACAUGUAUUUUAAUGGCUGAUUGUUUCACUGGCGGAAUUUAGUUUCAAAGACUUGGUGACAACCAUUCAGAUGGCUGGCAUCAAACAUGCCAUCAGCAGCAUUUAGAGGCUGAACUAAAUCUGGGAUAGAACAUGUUGAUACAUGAAGGGAGUAAGUUUUCACGGUGAAAUGUAGUGGAGAUUAGACAUGGGAGGUGUAGGGCCUGAUUCGCCCUUUCCCUGCCCUGCGUCUCAUCGCUUACCUCCAUGCCGAGUGAGGGGAAGUGCCACUUAACCAGAACAAGAGCGUGUUCUAGCCACUUUGCACUAGUGCAAAUUAUGACAAGAUGCAAGGCAGCCUCAGGCCCACACAUUGGGUGGCUGGGGCUAAAUCUCCUCUUACCUCACACUUGCCCACUGACUGCUCCUGAUUUACAACAGUAGAAAAUCAGAAUCAGGCCCCCUGUUGUCCCUUAUGGAAAUAUGGGCAAUUGCUGACCACUGGCUCUUCCUAUCUAAGUGUCAGAGAUGCGCCAUAGAAGGCAAAGAGGCACAGGAGACGGAGUGGAGGGGUUGCUAACCUGGUGGUAAUGAUCAGGCUGCACCGUAGAGCUUCCCAAGUUUCAUUUGGCUGACAGGUUUCCCUCUCUUUAUCUAAGCACUGGUUUAAAAGGACAAGCCACAGCUGUUUUGAGCAAACGUAUCUUCUUGGGUCUGCACAGGAUUCAAGAUUGGGGGAAGGCCAAAACCAAACUAACGAAAAAAAAACCUUUUAAGAAAGCCUUCAAAUCACCCCUAGUCACCAGAGUUCCUAGCUGAUACUUUAAAGUUAGGUCAACCUAGCUACACGAUUCAGAGCUGUGGAAAAUUUCAAAGCACUGAGCACCUGUUAGGUCAUCCUAACCCCCAGCGUAGACACAGCAGGGUCUACACUACAGCAGAGCACCAUAGCUGUAUUACUGCAGCAGUGGAAGCACAGACAUAGCCUUAAUAUUGUCGGAGGCAGGCAGGCUUUCUCCCUUUUCCUGAGGCACCAGCCCAGGGGAGGAACCACUUAACUAAGAUCAUAAGUUCCUUACUUCAGAGCAACCAGACUUACAUUCAGAAACAGCAAAGUUUCUAGGGCCCAAGUCAGGCUAGUGACUUGGGGAACCUGCAGCACACAACAUAGCUUCUGAUCCUCUCUCUUAGCAGCCCAGCUGCCUUCUUUUCCUGUUUAUGUAGCCAAGCCACAAGGGUGGGGCAGGGUGCUCCUUCACUGUGUCCAGCCUGUCUUGGCUGUAAACUCCAGACUGUCUCUUAAAGGGGUAGUACUACUCCCUAUCACUGUCUGCUUUAUAAUAUAUCAUUAUUUGUAUUAUGGUAGCAACCAACUGAGAUCAGGAUCCCCAUGGUGCUAGGUGCUGUACAUACCCAUAAUGAGGGACAGUGCUGGCUUCAGAGAGCUUAUGAUCUAAAUAGACAAAGGGUGGGAAGGGGAAACAGAAGUACAGAGCAUGGUAAUUGACAUGCCCAUGGUCACACAUCAGGGCAGUGUCAGAGUCUCAGUCCACUGGAUUUUCAUGGCAUUUUGCCUUGAUUUUGUUCCACAAGAGCUGUAGGGUGGGGAGAUGGUUUAUUUUAUGAAAAAUUGCAGAGAACUUUUGAAAUGUUAAAAAGGAUUUUAAUAGAUAAAAUGGGGCAGUUUUAUGUCCUUGUUCUUCAGUGACUAUGGCCUCGAUUCUGCAGACGUGCACACAGGUAACUGUACUCAUGUGAGUCGUUCCUAUUGACCUCCACAGGACAACUUACAGGAAUAAAAUUAGGCACAUGCCUAAAUAUUUGCAGGAUCAGGGCCUGAGACGCCACCAAUAUUCUGUCUCAGGGACACUGGCAGGGAGGUUCAGCUCCCAAAUUUAGAUUUUGUUUCAAGUUUUACGGAAAUGUUUCCUGGAUUUUCUUUUGAUUUCUACCAGAACAGAUUUUUUGUGCAGGACUUAAAAGUUUCCUACAGUUUUUGCAACCCAACCUCGGAGCCAGGAAUUGACACUGACUUAACCCAACCCAACCCCUGCCCCUCGCAACAGUUAAACUGACCAGUCUGGUUCGAUUGUGCAAGAGGAGUCAAAUGCAAAAAGUGAAUGACUGUGUAAAUGGCAAAAAGCCAUUUAGCAUGUAAAAAAAUAGUUUCAGAAGUGAUUCUCUUGCAGGGGUAUCGUUAAUGACAAUGUGGGAUUUGCUCUUUUGUUGUUUUUAUCAUCUGACAGUGUUCUUUGGAGAACAAAGGGUGAAAUUCCCCCCAGCAUAAGGCUGAAACAUUAUUCAGAGCCUCAAAAUAGGGUUUAAAUCAUGGCAUUUAGUGGUUUGUAGGCUUUAUGAACAGGGUGAAUUUCACCCUAAGAGCCUGAUCCUGCCAAACAACUGCUAGGUAGCAUCGUUCUUAGUGUUAUUACCAUGAUGGUCUCAUCAAGCCAUUGCAGGCUCAUGGUAAUAAUCAGAGUGGCCCUGCACCAAAGCCCAUUGAGGUCACUGGAAGGCCUCCUGUGGAUGGAACAGACCCUGUGCCAGCUAGUUAUUAUCAUUUGCAGCAUCAGCUCUGAAAACGUUAAACCAAAAAAUAUCAAUGAAUCGUAUCAUUAGCGCCAGGGACUUCAACAAUGCAAUGAAUGAAGCACAGUGUUUACCAGUAGCAAGGUGCCCAACACCAUCUCUGCUCUGCUUGAUUGUCCGUGUGACUGCAGCACAAAUACCGCAGAGCAACAGGGAUGGAAGCCUACAACCACUCAGGCACGUGGGUAGCUUUACUUCCGUGAGGAGUCCCACUGAAGGCUGUGAUUUUUGGAGAAGUUAGCCCUCCCCCCUCCCGCAUUGAAUUUCCAUCAGCAGCAGUCACCUUUCAUUAUUAUUUAUUAUUAUUAUUUAUUAUUUAUUUGCAUUGCAGUUCAUCGGGGGGCCCUGCUCAUAGGCAGGGCCCCAGUGUGCUAGUGCUGUCCAGAUACAUAAGAAAAGAUGGGCCCACCCAAGAGCUUGGGGCCAGAUUUUCAGGUGCGGUUUUUCUAGUGCGGUUUGCAAAAGUGUCUGUUUGAGAUAACUGUCUAAUGCCCAUUAAUUUCUAAGCUACUGAGACUCUUUUGUAAGUUCCAAUAGGCGCUUGCCUGCACCUUUGAAAAUCUGCCCCGUCAUCUAGGACAAGAACUUCACUCUUUUAAGUACUUUUAAAAAUCCCAGCUGAAGUCAACCGGAACUACUCAGAUGCUCAAACAAGUGCAAGCAUCGUCAGGACCCGAGCCUUGCUGCUUAUCCCUGAAAGAGGCAUGACUACCCUUGGCACCAUGACCCUUUCUCAUGCCGUGUGUGGCUGUAUUUAUUGUCUUUGAUUGACUCUUGUACCUAUACUGUCUCUUUCCCAUCAGCAGUUCCAUGCAUGGGAUGCUCCGAUUUCAUCUUGCUACUAUUUAUUUUUGUUUUUGUUUGUUAACUUUUUCCAAUAAACGUGUAAAAACCAACCAACCAACCAAUGAAACAAAAAAGGUUUUGUGAAACUGGAAAGUACUUUAAAAAAUAAAAUCCUGCGAUGGGAGCGUUUUCCAAAAGAUAAAGCAAAGGAAGGAAGGAAGGAAAAGCGUGAGAAAAAGUUUCAAAUGACGAAUGGAGGUGUGGGGGAAGAGACACAGGCUGAAGAUGUCGUUUGCCAUUCUGUGUGGACCCUGGUGCAUCUGGUUUAGCAAAGCUAUUUCCCACACCUUGGGGGACUGCUGUUUUAUACCUUUUGAGGAUGAACUUGAAUGGAGGUUUUGCAAUGGUUCUUCGGGGAUUUUUCCCUUCCUUGUUACUGGAUUUUAAUUUGAAAACUUGCUGAAAGGCCUACCAGGAGCCAUCCUGGUUAAGUGCAUUUAAGAGCUUUUUAUGUUGCACAGAGGAUAAACCACACAGGUUAUUAGCUGGAUUGUGGGAACGUAUGUUCAUAAUCAGCCCCAGGGUCUCUGCCCACGUUCCCCUCUGCACAUGUGCAGAAGCAGGGUUCCAGCAGGCUGGGUCUGUUUUGGUGCUCAGCUGCUAUAGGAUCCUGUGCUAUUUCUGAAACACUGGAAAGCGAUAAGGUAGCCAAAGCCCAAGUUGGAUUUCAGCUGCCUGCACUGACCUAGAAAGGUACCAAAUCAAUUUGAAAUAGCAGCUGAGCAAACAAGACCAGGGAUUUGGAGGCUGAUGUUUCAAACCAAGCUGAUGGCUUUGCUGGCUUUGAUGGUGGACUGGCCCCUGUUCCUUGCUGCCCUCUCCCCUUCCAGUCUAUGGCCAGAGUGGGAGAGUAGACAGUGAGUUGUCUCCACAUCCAUUACCAGAAGAAGGAGUGACUGAUUGACAAGCUUCCCCGCACCCUGAUCCUGUGGCCGAAGCAGGAAAUCAGAUGAUGAAGUGCUCCCCACUCCCUUCCCACUGCUGGAGAAGCAAAUCAGGCUGGUUCUCAAGUUCCAAAUCUCGGGGGCGGAGGGGCAGUCACUUGCUGUGCCUGGGGCAGGUGCUGAGCAUCCCUGAGGGUGCUGGUGGGAGUUGUGCAGGGGCAGGACCUCUCCCUACCAGGCUGCUUGUAUGUCAAAUCAACUUGAGGAGGGCAUUGGAGAGUUGGCAAGUGGGCUUCAGGUGCAAUUCCUUCCCUUCCCCCACUGGAGAACUUUCAUGCCCAGCCAAAGGGAUGGUGAGAGGACAGGGCAGAGGACAUGGCUCCAGCUCAGCGGGGAGGCCAAUCCAGCCUGGGUUUCAUUUGCUAUCUGAGCAUGGUGGGAUCCCUUUGUGCAACAGUGGCUCUCUUGCCCUUGUGGCUGGUAUAAAUCAGCACCUCUACAUUGGUUUUAAUGGAGCUUUGCUGACGCCAACAUCUUUAGUGGCACUACACAGCUUUACAUCAGCCGAGGAGCUGGGGAGGGGAUGCCACUUUUCUGUGUUCUACUGAGCCCCUGCAUUCAGAGAAGCAGAGCCGAUGAAUGGUUAGACACCAACUGGAAAGGGUCUGCCCCCAGGCUUGGGCUGCCCUUCCACUGUAGGGCCUGAGUGAGCAGCCACCACCUCUGCGUGCGUGACCCAGCUCCCCCCAAGGUGUCCCUCCUGGCGUGUAUCUAUGGAGCGGUGUACCCUGGAGUCCUUUCAUCCUCUCAAGGGUGCAGGAUGACUUCCUACCCUGGGCCGAUCUCCCAGAGCUCACAUUUGCUACUUGAUUCUCAGCAAGGGCUAUAGCCUGGCUAAUGAACACAUGUACAGAGCCUGGGGGCACGGGGGCACGGCAGAAGAUCUAUACCAAGGGCAUGGCACCUACCCCCAAGAGCUCAUGCUGCACCACAGACCAAACCCAGGGCAACGGGGAGAGGGUGGAGAUGAGGAGAGCAGUGUGGAGGGGGGCAAAGAAGGAGAGAGGGGGCCCUUGAAGGAGGGGAAGUGGGCAGCAGCUGCCUACGGGGUAAGCAAGAAUAAAGGUGUGAAACCAAGAGGGGCAAACACCUCCACACAGCACAGCCCCAACGAGGAGGCCCAAUGAACACGGUGACCCUUGUCCUCCAGCCCUGGGCAGAGCUUUCAGAGUGUCAACCUCAGGCCAGCUCCACAGCUGGUGCAAAUCAGCUCCACUGAAGUUACACUGUGCCGGUUUACACCAGCUGAGGAUCUGGUCCUUUAUACGACAUCCGUGGGAGGUGGAGUUGGGUGCAUCUUACAGCAUUUGCGUUUCCGCUGUGUGUGAUUUCUGUGUGGCUGACACACGAUCUGAAGCUUUUUAGUCAUAUUUGGGCUGUUGCUAGAGCGUGGCAUGGAAGUCCUCCCCUACUUCAUUCCCUCCCCUGUUUGGUUUCCCCGUGCCCAUCUGGGUGCCAGCACCGUUGAUCUGUGGAACCAUACACCUGCUGUUAGUCUGCUCAGCAUGCCUUGCCCAGUUGGCCUAAAAGAAUCGUUGACAAGGAGUGAGGGGGAAGGGCUCUGUGUUUGUACCAUUGUCAGAUUUUAUGCCAUUAAAAAGCUGUAAAAAAUUUAAAUAAACUUUCAG